CGGCGCGUAAUAAUUAGUCACAACGCUAUAGUGAUUAUUCUACCUGGUUUUUUUUCAUAUCUCAUGUAUCUACGUUGACGCAUUGAUCGAAAAUGUAAAAAAAUAAAAAAUAAAAAUAUCGUUCGCGUUUUUUAGGAUGCACUACCUCGUUAGCUGUCUGUGUGUUUGACCUUUUAUGGAGUUUUGUGGGCGUCACCAAAUGCAAAUGAGCUGUGUCAGGAACGAUAAACAUACACACGCAGAAUGCAAAAAGCAAAAUAAUGAUCCAGUCUUCAUGACCUGCUGGCCUAACAUCCCCUAAAGCAGUACAAGUCCCAUCACACCAUGCUUUUCUCUCUGCGUGAGCUGGUCCAAUGGCUCGGCUUUGCCACCUUCGAGCUCUUCCUCCAUCUUGCCGCGCUGCUCGCAUUCAGCGUGUUUGUGGCUCUCCGUGUGGACCUGCUGACCACCGUGAGCUGGUGGCUGGUGUUCGUGCCGCUGUUCGCCGCGGACGGCCUCAGCACCUACUUUACGGCCAUCGUCUCCAUCCGGCUGUAUCAGGAAGGCGAGGAACGGCUGGCCGUGCUGCGUCUGCUCUGGGUGCUCACCGUGCUCAGCCUCAAGCUGGUGUGUGAGGUGCUGCUUUGCCAGAAACUAGCCGAGCAGACGCGUGACCCGCUUUUCGGCCUCAUAGUCUCGCCACUUUUCGUCCUCCUGCAGCUGCUCAUGAUCCGCGCAUGCCGUGUUAAUUAACGAGACCAUGACGGAUCGUUGCCAUUUUAACUGUUUGGCUCCACCCACGUGAACUCGAACGAACAUUUCCGAGCAGUUAUUUGCUCACAUGUACAUUGUUUCAAUCAGAGAGAGAUUUGCUUACAAUUCAGAGUUGCAGAGUAAAUGACAUCCAUAUGUUUUUUUUAAUGGUCUUGGCUCAAGUGUAUAAACAUGGUGUCGUUGUAACCAUUAAAGCAAAAUCUGUGUGUGUGUGUGUGUGUGUGUGUGUGUGUUUUUAUUUAUGUAUUUCUGAUGUCCUAAAUGCUGAAUGACAUUAGCUUUCAUUUCUGUUUCUCAGAAUGAUGUUAAUCCUAUUCUGCCUGUGUAAUGACAACACUUUGUUUGUACAUAUUGUAAAUAAACCAACAUACAUACA